AUGCUUGACAAGAUUGGGGGAAAACACGGGGCACACAAUGGCAUCACUGAAAUGUCUCGCUUGCAUCCCAGGCACCAAGCUGUCACACUCAACAUUGUUCAUGGUGCUUCAGGUUACCUCCCCUUGCCUAAAUUCCCCUUCGUGUAUGAGGUCUACAUCCAGAAAGUAAUGCCGGAACUCAACAUGUCAACGGAAACAUACGAGGCUUUCGACAACACGACCAAUCAGCUGUCGUUACGUCACAAGGUAGAGGGCGCUGUCACGAAGACAAUCAUCAAUGUCAGCAACAGGGAAGUCCACACAAUCAACAUGCAGGAAAGAACCUGUAAUGUAUCUGGACUUGGUGCGGGACACUUGUCGGAUCUAAUCGGCUACACGGCGGACGCUCUGGGGAAAGGGAAGAUAUCCUCCCUCGCGGGCAUAUUCGUGUACGACAAAAGCCACAACUACUCCUACAUGGGCAGUGACAUCAUCAGGGGCAUCCCGGUCAGGAAGUGGUCUGUCACCCACGUCAUUAUCGGCGGCGACAACAACAAGAACAUCAUCGUCAUGUGGUAUUUCUCAGACGCUAACGCCUGGGACACCGCCCUGAACUGGCCCUACACCCCCGUCCGGGCCACCGUUGUUGGGGAGGACAUCAGCGUGACGGACCCUCUGUACUACGAGAAUGUCUACAACUUCUUCCACUUCAAGAACUUCAUACAGUUCGAGGACGCAUUUCAGACACCUGAUAUGAUCACCUGCCCCGGUAGAACGCCAAAGAAAUCGUUCCCAGCUUUAGCACCUGCAGCAUCAUUUACAGCAGAAACAUGGGGCAACGUUCAUCGACACAUCACCUACUACAAGGCGGCCAUUGAGUUACUCAAGAGACCGUUUCCAAAUUGA